CAAUCGAGUCACUUCCCCCGAGUCUCAAACCGCAGCUAGCCUCCCGCUUCCCUCCAAUUCCCCAACCCAACGACCACAUGAAGCUUGGGAUCUCGGGUGGCGCGGGCGAGGCGAUGGAGGGGGAGCUCAGCUUCGUCUCGCCGGCGAGGUCGUCCUGCUUCUCCUUCGAGGGCGGCGGUUCUGGAUCCCCGACGUGGGUGUCGACGGUGGAGGCGCUGCUCCGCUCGCCUACAUCGAGCGUCUCCGAUGGCGGCGGAGGUGGUGGUGGUGGCUACAACUCACCGGCACGGGCGUCGUCCCCGCUGCAGAAGCAGAUCCCCUACUGCCGCGACGCUGGCGACUUCAGCUCUCUGACAUGGGCGUCAACUCUGGAGAAGCCGCUCGAGUCGCCCUCCUCGUGCAUCUCCGACGGCCGCGGCGGUGGCUUCGGCUCGCCGACAAGCGCGUUCCCGCCUGAGAAGCUGCUCAUCUCGCCCCCAACGUGCGUCUCCGACAACCGCGGCGUCGGCAACGUUGGCGGCUUCCCCUCUCUGCCAUGGGCGUCGUCUCUGGAGAGGCUACUCACGUCGCCCUCAUCGUGCGUCUCCGACAGCCGCGGCGUCGGCAACGCUGACGGCUUCCCUUCUCUGCCAUGGGCAUCAUCUCUGGAGAAGCCACUCACGUCGCCCUCAUCCUGCGUCUCCGACGGCCGGAGCGGUGGCUACAGCUCGCCUCUCGGGGCCUCGGCGGAGCGAGAGCGCGAGGUGCGCGAGGCGGAGAUGCUCCUGCGCGCGAUCGCCGAGCGCUACGACGACUGCUUCCUCCGCCUGCGCGACGCCGCGGCCGAGCUCUCAGACCUCCACCGCGAGCGCCUCCGUCUCGCCGCCGAGAACCUCCACCUCUCCCUCCUUCUCGAGGAGCUCGAGUCCGAGCAGCGGAAGCAGGCAUCCGCCAUGGCUCCGCCGAAGCUAGAGGAGGACGAAGCAGCACAGGGGGGCGCACCGAAGAGCAUCUCCAUUCGUUCGCCGGGCUACCUCUCUCAGAAGCCGCCGCAGGGGCAGGCCAGGCCACAGCGCCUCCGUGUUCGCGCUUCUCAGGCGAUGGAGGAGGCAGCGGCAGCAGGGGAUGAGGAGGAUGAGGAGGACAAGGGCGGCGGCGAGGUGGAGGUGGAGGCGUACAGGCAGGGCGCGGCGAAGACGGAGCUGUGCAACAAGUGGGAGCGCGGCGCGUGCCCCUACGGCGCGCGCUGCCGGUUCGCGCACGGCCUGCAGGAGCUGCGCCCCGUCAUCCGCCACCCGCGCUACAAGACCCUCCCCUGCCAGAUGUUCGCCGCCGCCUCCGGCUGCCCCUACGGCCACCGCUGCCACUUCCGCCACUCCCCGCUCCGCGCCGCCGCCGCCGAGUCCUUCUGCUACUAGGCCGCGUUCAAGGUAAACACGCCUUGCCGCCUCCCUGAGCCCAUAAGCUGUUCAUGUUUAAGCCUCGUUGCUUGUAGCUCGUUUGGGCCGUGGUAGUGUCUAGCCACGUGAUGGGCCAAAUGGGCCGUAUGUGAUAUGCUUUGCCUAUAUAGCCCUGGGCUUCUUAUCAUCCCAUCACAUGGAUACUGCCAUACUGGGUUGGGCUCUAUGUAAAGCCUGGAUCCUUCCUGUUUUUAUCCUGCGCGUGCCCCUGCAUGUUUCGAUGCUUCUGCCACCAUGGGGAGUAGGUUAGCAGCGUUGCUGCAUCUGCAUGUGCCGGAUCAGGUCGACCGGAAAGCUGUUUGCAUAGCAAAUUCAGUAGCCUAUAGCCACCUCUUUGCCCGUGUCUGUACAUGUAAAAGGAUCAACUCGAUGCACGAAGCUGGCGAAUCAUAAACAGUAAAAAAAACAAAGGGAAGUAAGCAACACAGUAAUUCUACAGACCUCCAGGGCUCCCUCCAG